CGAAAUCAACUCAACAACGCUCCCCUCAAAAAAAAAGGAAUCGAAUAAUCGGCAAACAACGGAUUGUGCCUCGCAACUAAAUGCUUUAGAACCGGGACGAUCGGCCAGUUUGUGCGUAUUUCCGAACCGAGUCAAACGCAGCCAACGCAUCAACUCCCGGGAACCAUGGAAGCCGAAAUGGACGAAAUCAUUGCUGGCCUGAAGACGGCAACGAUUGAAAAAUGUCCCGAACGGGCACUGCCACUGCUGAAGCAGAUCUCGGACAACGACACGAACCUGGGAGACAAGUACGACAUCAAGGGUGAUCUGCUGGAGCUGCUGCAAAUGGACGAUAGCAAGAUGCACGUGCAGGUGGCGCGCUGCAUUGCGGAGGUAACGAAAACGGACAACCAGCGUGCCAAAUUCUCCCACCAGGAUGUGAUACGCCGGCUGACCGAACUGUUGCGGGUGCCCAGCUCGAAGGAAAACUCCGUUGAUCCCAUCGCCCUCGAGCUGUGCACGCAACUGUGCCGAGCGUUGGGUAACAUUUGCUACGCCAACGAUGACGCCCGCACCAUCAUCAAGGACAUUGGUGCCGAUGAGCGUAUAUUCGCGCUGCUCGAAUACGACGUCGAUAUGGACGACGAAGAUCGGGAACAGUUUGUGCGGGUUCGGUGUGGGCUCAUCUCAAACUACCUCCUCGGUAGCGACGAUCUAGCUGAGCGUGCCGUCGAGCUGAAGGUGAUCGAGAAGCUGGAACACAUCCUUACCCGCUGUCUGACCGAUGUGGACAAACACGAGGAACUGCUGCUCAGUGUACUGCCGCCACUGAGCAUACUCACCGAACAGAUCAGUGAUCUCUGCUUUCCUGCUUCGCUGAAUCGUACCAUCGCGAAGCUGUUGGCGCGCUGCACCAACCCGGACAUUGCGGAAUCCUGCCUGGCACUGCUGCACUACGAGGCGCAAAACGAUGACGUGAAGCUGCUGCUGGCCGAGGAGGGGCUUUGCGAAACCAUCUACCAGCUGCUGGAAAAGUACAAAACAUUUGCCAACACCGAUGAGGCCCGUGUGCUGAUGAAGCUCGCCUGUGACUUGAUUGUACUUAUACUCACCGGAGACAAAUCCAUGCACUUCCUUUAUACAACACCCCUGCUCAAGUGUAUGGAGGAUUGGCUUGAUUCGUACGAUGUAGAGCUGCUGACGACAGGUGUGCUGGCUCUGGGGAAUUUUGCCCGCUCCGACAGCCACUGUAUCAAUAUGGUCGAGAAUAAGAUCAUGCACAAACUUCUAUCAAUCCUUGCAAAAAACAAUGGAACAGAGCACCAGAUGACACUGCAGCACGCACUGUUGAGUACGCUGAAAAAUCUGGUCAUCCCGAAACCGAACAAAGCGGCCGUCAUCGAGGCAGGAUUGGUGGACAUCAUUCUGCCGAUGCUCGAAAUACAUCAACCGCCCGUGGUGUUCAAGCUGCUCGGCACACUACGCAUGACGGUCGAUGGACAAGAAAAACUCGCCUCAGAGUUGCUGCAAAACGAGAAGCUCGUAAAGCAGCUCGUCUACUGGAGCCAAACUUCCGAGUUUACCGGUGUGCUGGGUGAAUCGCUCCGUCUGAUGGCGUGGCUGAUCAAACACGCGUACCAGCACAAGGGAAACGAUGGACCCGCGAUGGACGAUACCGGUUUGCGAAAGUUCGUGGCGAUCGAGGGUGCAGUUGCCAGUCUGGUCGGUAUGCUGGCCUCAACGCACCUCGUCAUGCAAAACGAAGCUCUGAUUGCGCUCAGCAUUCUAACCACCAUUUUCCACAGCAAAAGCACACCCGACGCAAAGAGUGAAGACAGUGGCUCACUAGAUCGGCUACUGAUCGAGGCCGGAGUUGGCAAUAAGCUAGCCGAGCAAAUCACUCUAAAUGGCGAGUCGAUGACGAAGGAAAUCGUGGAAAAUCUGCAAACCUUCGUGAAGCAACUGCACGGCGGUAGUGAAUCACUAGUGGCCCAUCUACGAGAACACAACAUCGAUGAGCUGCUGAAAACCAUUCCCAGUUUGGUGGAGUACUGCACACUGUGAAGUGACCCGCAAUCUACGUCUCAUUUGCUGUGAACUGGAUUGUUUCGAACUGUAUUGGUUUUUGAGUGGCUAAUUUUGGUCGCCAGUACUCUCUUCAGUAAGCAUGUAUUUUUUCUGCCGAAAAAGGCUCAUCGACAAUGUAUGUAUGCUACUAUCCUUAUCCAGCAUAUGUGCCCAACGACUUACUAAUUAGUUUAUUUGGCUUGCUAUUGUGCCUGCAACUUUUAAGCCAUGGUGUGUGCGUGUUCGUAGUGGCUAAGCUGUCCGUUGAUCGGUGUGCUUCCCCCCUAUUGUCCAAUAUAUUUUACCAUUGAAAUGAUCUCUGCUGUAGAAUUGUAGGGGAGGUUUUAAAACGAUUAAUGCCUGUGCAGUCAAUCCCAUGCUCAACCAGUUCCCAAGUGAAGACCAAACUAGGAGUAGUGAUCGGUACGGCCUGGUACAGACCGCGUUACGAUCAGGUGCAAUUCACCACUGAUUAAGCUGAUUUAAUUUUUAGAAACACGUUAAAGUUGAAGUCGGGUGCACCGGUUUGUUUGAAACCGAGUAGAACAAACAACACAAUCAUCGUUUGUAGAUUGAAUGCACAGUUUUGCGGCGGCCACAUCGAUGCACAACGUUUUAAGAUUUCGAUGGCAAAGCAACCGAUGAAAUACGGCCAAAUGUGUUGCAAGUUUUUCUCCCGUUUCCGUCUUAAGUAAGGUAACCAUGGUAAACCCAAGUGAAACGACAUAGAAAAGCGGAACGCCGAUAUUUUUAGUCACUUAGCGCCACUUUAUCUUCCUCAUCUUAGGUGAAUAGCGAGGAUAAGGGGUAGAAAAACUCGGCAAGUCUCACGCGUUUGAAUAGUGCAUAAGGAAACGUAUUUUAGAGCGGAAGGCUACAUUUCCAAAAACGAAGGGAAACGCCGAGGAAGUGGCAGUCAGUGGUCGGCCGAUAGUAUUGGUCCCGUCGCUUGGCAGAAAGAGGCACCAGCAGGGCGAACCCCGACUGGAUCCAGAUUAACAUGAAUGCAACAAUCAAUUUAUAAUCGAACAGCAUUUAUUUAUAUCCUCUAAGAGACUCUUAUGCGCUCUAUACGCAAUACUGCAUAUUAUACAUAGUACCAAUUAGAUUUAUAAACGAAAACAGAGGCACACCGUCAGAGAGACAGAGAAGGAUCGAAAUGUAACCGCAUAAGUGUAGCUUGGAAAUUGGACAGUACGGACAGCAACCGUAAAUCGUGCUCCGAGGGUUCGAUUAGACCAGCGGGUUCGUCAAAAGCAUGCCUCACCGUUUAGCAAACCAUAACAGAUAGUGAACUCAUCAGCGCGAGAUCCGAAAGCAAAGAUAUAUAACAAAAGCUGUUUCGAGACGUUCGUUAUUUUGUCUAUUGCCGGCUUGUCGCCCGGCUUUUUUCCAAGUAGGUUGCAACGUAGGCAGGUAGGCGUUGCGAUCGCAAUGUUGUACGCUUUGUAUUAGCCCGUUAAAGCUAGAAGAGAUAUUAGCGUCUACAUAGAAACUUUCAUAUAAUAACAUAUCCCCCCAUUUCCCAGCAGCAGGGAGGGGAGAUGUAUUAAACAGUAUUUCAAGUACCGCAUUUAAAAUCACACGUAUGGCUGGUCGUAGCAGCAGCACCAUUGCUAAAGCAACAUCCCAAGCAACAUAAGCACCAGCAUCUCGUUACCAGAAGAUGCCUAUCUUCCGGUUCCGUGAGCGUUCGUACGAUCCCUUGCACACAGAACCAGUGGUUGGGAAGCGAAUUGACGAUGAUCAAUGAUCGAAAUCAGAAACAACAAACACACACAAAAAACGAAGAGAAUGAAAAAUGUAAGCAAUGUUUUCAAAGAAAUUUAUUAUAUAUCUAAACAUAUUACACGAAGGACGGGUGUGCCACAAUGAUGCAGCAGGUGGAACGGCGAGGUGUGACCAUAUACCUUCCGAUAUCUACUCACCAAACAGAAUAGUGCUAGAUACCGGACAGGAAACAGAACGAAAGGAUGAAACCAAGCAGAGCAAACGAUGCACAACGACACCGUGGCCAGUUGCGUGUUGAUGCUACAAAAGAGCAUGAACGAACAGAGCAACAAAAACCAACCAACCAAACAAACCAAGUGAUUUACAAAAGAAAACAACAUGGGCAAUACAAUGUUAAUUGAUAAAUAAUCAAAAGCAAAAAAGAAACAAAAAAAAGAAAUUACAAAAUCGAGGCCGUAAUUGCUAUACAUAAAAUACGCAGUGCGCUUCUCGAUCGCAAAGCGGGAUCGAUAUAAAUGUGGCGUGGCAUGGGAGGGCGCACGAGCAACGUGUGAGCCCGCGAAUAGGUGAGCCGGAUUUUUUCUAGUGGCAGUGUCACGUAUUUUGUAGUUCUUUCCCUCCCUCCCGUUUCAUCCUUUUCCUCGACGAAUCUAUUUAUUUUGUGAACCACUUGGCUUAACAAUAAAUUUAAAAUAAACAAAAGCAGCGUGCAGUGUC